CGAGAUUGUAAACAAAAAUGGCUACCUCUGCAAAGGAAAAAUUCGAGGCAGCUGUAAAAGUAAUCCAAAAUCUACCUAAAGAAGGAUCAUUCCAACCAUCCCAUGAGUUGAUGUUGAAGUUCUAUGCCUAUUACAAGCAAGCCACAUUAGGAAAAUGCACUCAUCCAAGACCAGCCUUUUGGGAGGUGGUCAAGAAAGCAAAAUGGGAUGCCUGGAAUGGGCUGGGAGACCUGUCCAAAGAGGAAGCCAUGCUCAGAUAUGUUGAGGAACUGAAAAGGAUAAUGCUUCAGCAAUCUAGUCCCUGGGAAGCCAUGAGUGAAGAUGAGAUAAUAGAAGCCAUGCCACAGACUGAUAAUGUCACAGGAUUUCUGGAUACCCUGGGAAAUUUCUAUGAGUUAGUAGAUGAGCAGCUUCCAGCACAUGCAGAGAAGCUACGCAGUGUCCAGAAACGCACCCAAGCUAUGGAUGGGGAUGUGGUCGGGGAGUCCGAACCCUCAUCAGGCAGUGAUGCUAGUGCAGAUUCUGUCAUUGGAAAUAGUGGAGGUGGAGAAGACAAUGGAGAUAUUGUAGAAGAAGAAGAGGCUGAUGUGGUGAAAGUGCCAAAAAUAGACCAAAAUGAAAAUGAACACCUGCCUCCCAGCUACAAGUCAGAUACAGACAGUGAGGGUGAGGUGUACUGUGAUACAUCAGAUCAGCCAGAUCUGGAAACUUUGGCAAAGAUUGCAAGCAAAAAAAGUCACAAUGCCAGAAGGCCGUUGGUUUCCUCUUCUCCUCUCCGAGAAAAACUUAAUGGUUUUGACACUGACUUUCAGCCACUGCCCAUGUCUCCUAUAGUGUCAGGACAGGCAGACAUGUUGUUGGGUAAAAAUGGCCCCACUGAUAAUCACACACAUUCCAAUCACCAGCCUCAAAGGACAGUGUUGCCUGGAAACAGCCUCGAAAAUAAUGGAAGCUUGGAUUUUGUUGGUCAGUUAAAUCACAGGGGAGGGGAGGAUGAAGUUGACAAUCAGUUAGAGCCUCUGGAUGCAUUAAGUGCAAGAGGAGGCGGAGAAACGCCUACACCAAGUGAAAGAGGGAGUCGGAGGCAUAGCAGGAGGGGGAGUGGUGGGAGUGUCAGUAGUAAUAGAGGCAAUCCUGGCCACCCCCAGCACCCUGAUGUCCCAGGUUCCUAUACAUAUGGCAGUGGAGGAGGAGGAGGAAGAGAUGACAGACAAUACCAUGUACCAUAUACAGACAUCAAUGACCAGAUAGCAGCAGCACUGAAUAGGUAUAAUAAUAAUGAUGAGGAGGAGGAUGAUGGUGAUGUUGAUGAUAAUANAAUUUGA